UGGGGAAGUGGGUUGUCUCUCUCUGGUUGGGAUGUAAAAAAGGGUGCACGGUCAAAACAGUUUGGGAACCGCUAUUCUAGACUGUUAUAAGUAAUAAAACAUCACUGAAUAUGUAUAUUCUAUUUUCUAACAAAUUAUUUUUUAACAUUCGUGUGUUUUGUAUAAUUUAACAUAAUGUUACGGUGUACAGGAGAAAUAGAAAUGCGUUAUUCUUGCUCUCUCGUUACAGAAGUAAUGUCAAUGGUGUUGUGUAAAAUUCAGUCUUCGUGCCAGAUGACUCUGCGCCCCACAAUGCACCGGGUGGUUAUGUUUUGGGUGAUGUCACGCGUAUGAAAACGCGAGUUGCUGCCAGUGAGUGGGCAGGGCUGUGGUCUUACUGUCUGCCACUGAUAUUCUUGUAUUUACACCAAUAACGAUAUAUUGACCGAAUGAAACGGAUUCUGAAGCACUACAUGAUGAGUUAGAGACAAGUUCGCAGCUGUGCCAGUCAGUGCACUGAAACAUGGGUGGUUGUAGCCUUCAUGUCCUCCUGCUGCUCCUGCUGCUGGCCCUGCAGACAUCAGCCGAGGGCUCAGAUGGACAGUUGGUGUGUCUGUGUCACAGCCGAACAUGCCCGCAGGUCACACGCUGCCAGGGAACGCAGUGCUUCUCCUCCGUCAAAGUGGACGGCGGUGGCAGUGGAGAAGAAGGGGUGGAGUUUGAGCACGGCUGCCUCAACGGUCUGGAGAAAACCCAGUUACACUGCUCCACUGCUCCGUCCUCCCGUCAGGCGAUCAUCUGCUGCUCGGAGAACAUGUGCAACAGCAACGUCAGCGGAUACUCUCUCAUGUCGCUGCUUCCCUCAGAUGAGCCAGAAGGUGAGCCAGUACGGUACCGUGUUGAGACCUUGGCUCUCUUCGUGCUCGGCCCAGUGGUGGUUCUGGCUCUGCUGUCUGUCGUAUCCGUGCUGGCCUGCAGGAGGCUCCAUCACGGCCGUCUGCAGCGGCUGCAGGAAUUCGACACCGAGCAGGGAGCCAUAGACGGGCUCAUCUCUUCCAACGUGGGCGACAGCACUUUAGCAGACCUGUUGUCCCACUCGUGUACGUCCGGGAGUGGCUCCGGUCUGCCAUUCCUGGUCCAGAGAACUGUGGCCCGGCAGAUCAGUCUGGUGGAGUGUGUAGGAAAGGGAAGGUAUGGAGAGGUGUGGCGGGGACAGUGGCAGGGAGAGAACGUCGCUGUGAAGAUUUUCUCCUCCAGAGAUGAGAAGUCCUGGUUCAGAGAGACAGAGAUCUACAACACUGUGCUGCUAAGACAUGAAAAUAUACUGGGUUUCAUGGCGUCUGACAUGACAUCCCGAAACUCCAGCACCCAGCUGUGGCUCAUCACCCACUACCACGAGAACGGAUCACUUUAUGACUACUUGCAACGAGUCGCCGUGGAAACAACAGAGGGUCUGGCGAUGGCGGCGUCGAUAGCGUGCGGCCUCGUUCACCUGCACACGGAGAUCUUCGGCACCGAGGGGAAACCGGCCAUCGCACACCGAGACCUGAAGAGCAAAAACAUCCUGGUCACAAAGGAGCUGCGCUGCUGCAUCGCAGAUCUGGGGCUGGCUGUAACCCACUCCCAGAGCGACAAUCUGUUGGACGUGGGCAACAACCCAAAGGUUGGCACCAAGCGCUACAUGGCUAGUGAAGUUCUGGACGAGACCAUUCAGACAGACUGCUUCGAUGCCUACAAGAGAGUGGACAUCUGGGCCUUCGGACUGGUGCUGUGGGAGAUCGCACGACGCACCUACAGCAACGGUAUUGUUGAGGAUUACAAACCCCCGUUUUAUGAUCAGGUGCCAAACGACCCGAGCUUCGAAGACAUGAGGAAGGUGGUGUGUGUGGAGCAGCAGAGGCCGUUUAUUCCUAAUCGCUGGUUUUCUGAUCCUACUCUCUCUGCCCUGGUUAAGUUGAUGAAGGAGUGUUGGUACCAGAAUCCUUCAGCCAGGCUGACAGCUCUGCGCAUUAAGAAGACUCUGGAUAAGAUCCACCUCUCUCUGGAGAAGGGUAAAGAGUCAUGAGAGCAGCUCCUGAGGCAGCAGCCCGGUGUCAGGGGCGGGGGUCGGUUCAGGAGAAGGGCUUCGCAAUUAUUAUAAAGGACCAUCAGCAGAACAGGCCGAGGACACGAGUCCCAGUGUCAUCCAGCUCCGGUCGCCGUGCGGCGUCGGUCACCUUCCUCUGACAUCGUAUCCGUCUGUCUGACUGAUUCAAAGUCCACACAUAUUUAUCUGAGCAGGUGGUUUUCACCAGACGACACAAACCUGUGGCUGCUGUGUUCACACAGAUGUGAUCUGGACUGUUACACAGAGUCAACAUCAUGGACUGUUGAUGGUACUUCUCCAUCCCAAUACCUUGGCAUGGGCAAGGUCAGUAUUCAUGGUGAUUUUGGCUACACCUCAUGAACAGAAAUACAAAGUGACCAGUAACAAGCUGCGACAUGUUAAUGAUUAGUAAAUCAGUCCCUUAUUAUCCUUCAUUAAAAAAGAAAAAUCAAUCUGGCUCUUUGCAUAGGCCACAUGGGCGGUGGCCUACUGCACCAUCUGCUGGAGGGGUAAUGCUGUAACGCCUCAGGAAAAAAAAAA